UUAGAGACACAGCAACAGUUGCCGCGGAAGCAUUCGCCAGCAGUGGUGGUUCUUAGUGGCGCAGUGAUUAGUGGUGCAGCUGAGACUCCAGGUGGUACUUUUGUUUCGGAAUUCAAGUGCGGCUCAUUCAUUCACUACAACAACCUCGAGAACGGUACGGAAUCGACGCACCGGUACACGUAAGCCCUUUAACCUGAGGCGAUCGGGAAAACAUUACUUCAAACUCUCCUGCUACCGCUCCCUAGUGCGAAAUACCAAACACCUGAAGGUCUCACGCCAAAGUGCACCCGUAAGCAAACUGCAUCAAAUCUUGGUCGGAAGUAAACCAGCAAGCAGCACCCCACGACCGACGACGAUGACUGCUCCCGUAACGCUUUCGAGACAGAUCCUGUUCGCCAUGGCUCUGCUGUGCGUCGUAAAGCAGGGUACCAGCCGACCGCAAAAUGCAAUCGAUAAUCAGGAUCUCCCCGAGAUAAAUCCCAACGAACUGAGGAAGCUCUACACAAACUACAACUCGUACGUAUCGAACCAGCUGGACAACUAUGGUUUGGAUCCGUUACAACUGCAGCUGCUGGCGCAGUACGCCCAGAGCAAUGCCAUAAGCGGUGGUGGUGGUGGUGGCUGGGACCAACUGUACCGGGCACCGGAGAUGAAACGCCAGAUUCGGUACCGUCAGUGUUACUUCAAUCCCAUCUCCUGCUUCAAGAAGUAAGCACCCAACAUCCUCCCCUCCUCUGGUGUCUGGUUGUGUUGUCUCAGAGUGUAAUCAGAGAGUACUACGACAAACCCGGGGGGUUGCGAGGUGCCCACGUGCCCAGUCCUUCUUCACAUUCCACCAUUGUAAACCUCCGACACUCGGAACGAGAGUCAACGAGAUUCCCAGCAAACACAAACCGUACCGCGUCGGCCGUUGUCUGCGGCGUUUGCCGCUUGGCAGCGAACCUAAUUGUUACUGCAACGAGGCACGAGAAGGCGUCAUUGUGGAUUAGCAACAAAUACACACAAAAGCGCGAAAUGAAGCGAGAAAAAAAGGAACCAAAAAAAUCACCACAAAAAAAAACCACUAGAAACGCCCUCGUGUUUAGUCUUCUCCCGGUAUCGGUUGCUGCUUAAUCUACUCGAUGUGACAGGGAUCAUGUUUUUUGCAAUGUUUGAUAGUGUAAUACAUAUACAUAUAUAUAUAUAUAUUUUACUGAAAAAGAAGAUGAUACCACGGGAUGCUAACCCAAGGGAUGUCCGUUUGGUCCGUGCGGUAUGCAGUGAAGCAUGAAGAUAAACCUAUCCGCAGCCCUAGUGUUCCAUGGUUCCCACUGUGGAACGACUGUGAGCCCAAAUUACCCAAUGAGUCAAUGUACUAAAUAGUUGUGAAGCCGCUUGGCGGACGAACCAGCAAAAGCCAAUAAGGAACACUCUUCCCCGGCUCCGGCUUGUCCGUACAUCGUUCUGUUCCGUUCUCCUCGUUCUCCUCUCGACGAAUGGAAGCACUGGGCAGUAUGACCAUCGGGAUGUGUCUCCGAUUAACGAGAACACAAGAUGUUCGUUCAACGGACGACUCCAAAUAGGAUACCGUGACCGUGGCCGGUGAGGAAGGAAAAUGGAUUGCCCAAAAAUUCCAUGAAUGAUCAUUGGCGGAUGGAAGGUCUCGUGUUACAUUGCCCGGUCGGAACAUGGAGUGUCGUGAAAUGGUAAACCGGAUGUCCAGCAGAAAGAAUCGUACAAGUUGUAAUCACGCUGACGCAAAGACACAUGCAUACGAAUACACGAUGACCGGACCACGGGGUUAACACCGAUCCUCUUAUGAAUUCGUCUACACAUUCCCCUUUUACGUUUACGCCCUUGCAGAACGUAAAUGCACAUCAGGUGUUGAAUACACAUAUUUAUCGUAAAUCUCAAUAAACUAGAACUGCUGUAAAAAGACGAGAGCUAUGAUUUGAGGUACAG